CAAUCGGGGAGAAGCAGGAGCCCACACAUAUUAACAAUGCGACGCAACCAUCCUUACGCACGAGUACAUAAGGCAUACAGUGGUAUUAUUAUACUGCCAUCAUUUUAAAGAAGAUAAAACCCCAUAGGACAUCGACUAAGGGCAUCAAGCGUGGAAAAUUCCUGCGUUCUAUAUCUUAUCCGCCCACUUGCACCCUACGAACAUCAUCACUCUCUUGCCAUUGUGCAACUCAAUUGAUAUUGUGCAAACCAAACCGAAUCAUGGGCGCUGAAGAAUACCUUCCCGAGCCCCUGAAGACGGAAUGUAUUCAGUCUCUUUUAGACGAGCUAUCUCUCGGACGUCCAAGCGCUAUCAACCCGUUGAAAGUGACCGCAGCAUUCCAUGCCAUCUAUAUUCUCACAUAUGACGCCGAAAGUCUGCCAGCUGGGGUGACGACCUCUGGUACACCACUACAAUCUGUUGAUCUUGUUCUUCGCGUGUCUGGUGAUCACGUUCCUGGAAUCAAGACAAGUAAUGAGGCAGCUAUUCUCGACUGGGUAUCACAGAACACGAGUAUCCCUGUGCCCUCUGUUAUUCGCUACGAUGCAACAACGAAUAAUCCUCUAAACCGAGAGUUCAUUAUUUUGACACGCAGCCCUGGAGUGACCUUGUCAGAUAUCUAUGACUCCUUGUCCCAAGAAGAUCUGGACAACAUCUGCAGACAGCUAAUGAAAUUUCUUGUCGAGAUCCAUCAGCACCCCUUUAAUCAAAUCGGAGGUUUAGUGCACUCUGAUGAUCAGAAAAAAAUCAUUCCAGGUCCUAUUUUAGACGAGCACUUUUGGUUCACUCCAGAUAUCAAGAGAUACUUCGAUACCGAGGAGACGUUUGAGACGCUUAAUGUCGGCGGCCCAUUCAAUUCGUACACAAAUUUCACAAUUGCACUGAUGGAGAAGUACAUUCACGUUGCCGAGAUUCAAAAAGAUCUCAGGUUUAUGCUGGAGCACAUCCCACGACUUCGUGCCUUUUGCAAGGUUUUGCCAAAUUUCUCCGAGCAGCUGGAUGAGACAAAGAUCCGUCUAGCGCAUAAAGAUUUGCACUUUGCCAACAUGCUUUACGACCAAUCGACUGGAAGAAUCACGGCAAUAUUAGACUGGGAAUUUGCUUCUGCAGUUCCUUUUCAGAUAUGGGACCCAGUGCGUGCUUUUCUGUUCAACGCAAAGGACGGUAGUGAGGCAUAUGAAGAGAAAUAUCGUCUGCGUGGUCGUUUCCAUGAGCUUUGCAAGCAAUCAAGCGUCGCAUUUCUUGACGACGCCAAUUUUACCAGUGAUCUUCAGGAGAAGAUGCACAAUGUAUCUAAUAUAAUGCGUAUUAUAGUGACCCUGAUACCCCGAGGACAGUUUGUGGAUCGCACCCCAGAAUUUGUAAAAGAUCUUCUCCAAAAUUUGGAGGCGUUUGGAGUUUAGAUUACAGUAUUAACAUAUAGCUAACAUGUGAAAUCACAAUAUGGAUAGUAUAACUACAUGUAGCCG